AUGGCUCGGAAAAUGUUUCAAAUUUUGGUGUCUGCUCUGCUGUUUACAGCUUCUGUUUCGAGUGUCCUUGGAGCACCCUUUCUGACAGAAGAAUCAGUGAAUCAGUUCCUGCGGCUCAAACGACACGUACCAUAUUCUCCGAGCUACUGGGACUCAGGCAGCAGCCAGAACACGUGGGCAUACACUGUGGCUCAACAGAUUAGUGAAUCAUGGGCAGCUCUGAGGGAAACAGCAAAAUACUACAUGGACUUGGACCCUUAUGCCUUCGAUCCUUCGACAGCUGGCAACAACAUCAGAUCCUACAUGGAGCAUCUACAGCAGUCUGAGACUCACCUCCAGCAACAAGCUAUUAAAUCCUACACAUCCUGUAUCUGGCCUUGUUAUGGCAUGUUAUGUAUUUGCCAUUAUGUAUUUGAUAAGAUGACUAUAUCUCCUCCCACUUGGGUCUAA